AAGUUCUUAGGAAUGCCCGAAGGGACCAGCAGCUGAUAAGCAAAAGAGUUAUCCAGGAUAUUGAAGAACAGGAGUGGGGAGGACUGGAACAUGGGUCUGAAGCUGUGGAGCAUGAGAAGAUGGAUGGCUUCUGCUGCAUUAUGUCAUUUCACAUUCAUAGGCGACAGGCAUAUUGACUCCAUUUCGUCCAUACCAAAAAGGAGCCUGAAUUAUAUCUUUUGCUGCUUGAAAGACAAUUAACUGAGCAAGGUUUUCAUCAGAUGGAGAGAAAAUUAGACCUGUAGUGUGGAAUUGGAGCUUCAGAUAGAAGGUCUGUGUGUGUCCUUUGCCAGGAUAGUGACUGUGGAGGAACUGCUUUAGACUGUUGCUGUUGUAGCUAAGGGGGCUGGUGGCAGUUGCAAAGUCUAUGGUGAUGCCAAAUUUGGUUCUACCUAUUAAGCAACUAACCAGUGAAGAAGCCCUUGUGCCUUUGAACAAUACGACUACCAGGAGGAAUGGGACUUGACUGUCUGUGCUAGAAUCCUGUCAGCCUAGAUUACAAAAGAGCCUUCAAAAGCCUUCAUGGACAUAGGAGUCUAAAUGUCAGGUCUGUGAUAAAGUUAAAAAAAACAAAAAAACAAAAAAAAAAACACUGCUGGCUUACUCUGGUGUUAUCUGUGAGAUGGAGACUCAGUUUCAUACAUGGACAUCAUCUUUUUACAAACCGGUUUUACAGAUGUUCAAGGCAAUCCAACAGGGCACAGGGGACAGGACUAGUGCACUCAGAUGCCUUCAAAAAGCCCUUAAAAACUGUGAAGCAAGAAAAAGUUUCAUCAGAAUGGAGAACAGUAUGCAGGUCUUGCUUGGACUAUUUACUUGCAACCAGUCUGCAGUACAGAUUGCAGCAGCACUGUGCUUAUAUGAACUGUCCGUAUCCAGUGAUCCCAGCAUUGCUUCUGCGUGUUCCCAGGCAAUCACUUAUCUUCUGACCUAUCUCAGAGGUCAGAGCUCUAAGUUCACAGAACUGUCUCUCUAUACUUUGGGUAAUCUGGCUGCAGACAGCAAAGCUGUAAGAAAGAAAAUGCUCCUACAGGGCGCAAUCCCAUCGUUAAUGUUCUGCAUACAGAAUACCCAUGCAGCAGUGGUUCAGGCAGCAGGAUAUGUUGUGUCUCAGCUCUUGCAGGCACCAGAGGCUUCAGAAAAGAUUAUACCUGCAUUUCUGGACAUGGGUCUUGAUCAACACCUCCUUCAGCUUCUACAAUGUUAUUCUGAUCUUGGCUUGGAGACCUUGACUGAGCUUGCCUGGUGCCUUCACUACUUGGUUUGUAGUGAUGCAGACAGGGUGCAUUUACACGCUCAUGAUAUUAUGAUGAAGUGCACUUCAGUACUGACAGAACUUGCAGCAGCUGUUGUCUCAGGAAUGUCUGUCGAUGGCUUAGAAGUGCUGGUCACUCCUUUACUUCGUUGUAUUGGUAAUCUGCUUGCCAAAGAAGAGACAGAUUGCUGCAGAGAGAGGGUGGAACACAACCAACUGCUGGCAGCCAUUUUUGUUUUUAUGCAGUCGUUUCUACAGCAUCACAUGUUUGUGGUACGGGAGUGCCUUUGGGUGCUAAACAAUCUCACAGCAGGGGAUCCUUCAUUUUGCUCAGAUGUACUGCACCUUAACUUGGUUCCUGCACUACUUCAGCUCCUUGUCUACACUGGAGGUGUUAAUGUCCUGGUUCUUACUGUGCUGUGCAACAUUGCUGAGCAAGGGCACGCAUACUGUCUACAGCUGAUAAAGACUGAAACCCUCCCAGCCCUGUCUGCCACACUGAAGAUGUUGGAACAAGAAGUAGUAGGCCAGAGCAUGGAGCUCCUUCAUCUGCUCUUCAAGCACUGCCCUGAGGCCACCAAUGAGUUUAAAACUCAUAGUGGAAUCCAAAUCUUGGAAAUGAUACAAUACCACAGCAAUGAGAAGUUUCGACUACAAUCAGCAUCCAUACUGGAGACUCACCUUGGGCAGUAUAGUCACAUAGAUAAUCAACAGUGAUGAAAAUAAAAAAAAAUUAACCACCCAAGCAGUAAUUGUUCAUUUAAUGUUUGAUAAUAUAUAAAGAGUUCUUUAGUGUUGUAAGAUCAUUGAGGAAAAGACUCUUGCAGUACUAUAGCAAACAUGAUUCAGGUUGCCAAUGUCUUUUGUAUUGCAUCAACUUUUUCUGCCUUUGAAGAUCCCCUUGCAUGAUGGCAGGCAUCUGUCUCCAGCUGGUGUUGUGCUUCAAAUAAAAGCAACAUUGCCUCCUA